UAAGUUUAGCUAUUUUCCCAUCGCCAUUCAUUCUCGUGACGUCAGUGUUUGGCUAACAACAAACAUGGCGACUCCCGUGUAGCAACUGCGUGUGGUGUGUGUGCAGAGUAAAGGGACGUCACGUUGGGUGAUACUGUUAGAAUAGAAUUGAACUUAAACUUCGCUUCGUGUUGAAAUUUUAUUAACUACAUAAAUGUUAGUAGUAGGUAAAUCGCAUCGUUUUAACUUAAAGUAUCAAACCUAUGGCUAACUUACCUCCUGAAACUGAAAAGAAUAGAUAGGGAACCGUUUCGCGACGCGUGACUUCCAAUUCCGUUCUUUUCUUCACUAGCUUUGCCUUUAUUUUUAUAAUUAUUAAGUGGGUUGGUUGGGGGUACACAUUUGAUUGAUGGGUGAACUGACGAAUGAAAUGGAAGUUGCAAAGAUGAUGGACUUAGACGACGAGAAACUUCAGGAAUUAUACGCCUGGGUUGAUGAAAUUCCACUGAGUCGGCCGAAGAGAAAUAUGACCAGAGACUUCAGUGAUGGUGUCCUGGUGGCAGAGAUAGUCCACCACUAUGUGCCGAAAAUUGUUGAGAUCCAUAAUUACACACCAGCCAACUCCACACAACAGAAAAUGAGCAACUGGGGCACCUUAAACAGAAAAGUGCUUCCGAAAAUCGGCUUCAGCAUUCAGGAGUCCCUCGUGAGGAGCAUCUGUAACAGCAAGGCCGGAGUGGUUGAAGUUGUCUUAUGGCAACUUAGACAAAAGUUAAACCAGUACCUUAGCAGACAUAAUGACAAAUCAAAUAAGAUUUCACCAGAUGGUUAUUAUGGCGGACAGGAAGUUGGUACUGGAGCAGAUAAAACAAGCAAAUCACCAGGUCGAUUAGGAGGAACGAGAGCUCCCAGACACCCUCCACAUGCUCCAAAGGCUCCAUUGGUUCAUACCAGCUCAAAGGGAGCUAGUAAUCUCGCUAGGGUCAGAUCGCUGAACCAUGUGAACGAACUCAGCACAGAAACCAGGAUUUUACUGGAGGAGAAGGAACAGAACUUACUGGCAUCACAGGAGACUGUUCAGAUUCUGCAGGCAAAAGUAAGACGCUUAGAGCAGCUGCUUCACCUGAAGGAUAUCCGAAUUGAAGAACAGGCAAAAAGAAUCGAACAGCUUGAAAGAAGAUACUAACGGAAUAUAUUUAAAGUUUUACAGUGAGAAUUACAUGAUAGGAGGUGUCAAUAAAGUGUAGAUAAACUCUAUUGGCCAACUGUGUACAGAUUUGAAGACCAGUUACUUAUAUGUUUAUUUGACAAAUACAGUGACAGUUAUGGGAAAGGUGCUGCUUCUUUACAUAUUUAAUGCUUAUUCUUCAGUUGAUUCACAUCAAUGGAACCUUUAUUUCCAUACUCACAAUAAUUGACAGAAUCAUUUGGAGAAAAACAAUUUCAGCAGAGUUGGGAGAGAAAGCAUUGUGCAUAAUGAACGAGUAAGGCUCUUUUGAAAAAGGCUUUUGAAUGACCAACAGAAGGCUGAUCUUUGGUUUGCGAAGUUCCACAGAUGAGGGCCAGAAACAAGUGAAGUGUGCGCAUAGAAUACAAGAUCGAGUGAAAAGGAUGCAAAGAUUAAGGUGGGAUCUGGUAGAGUAGCCAAAUGUUUGAUCAGCAGAAUGUGGGUUCGAGUCCCGGUUGAGACACUUGUGUCCUUUAGCAAGACACUUCACAAUGACUGCUUCGUAAGGCUGGAAAUUGGUGGUGCUUUCUGCUCUACCAGCUAGGUUUCUGUUGGAUGAUACCCCAAGCCUACAUCUGUAUGGACUGUAAAAGGGGUAACCAAGUUUAAGCCCCAGGUGGCACGAGCCCCCGGAAAAAAAAACGUUGAGUGUAGCCCACAUCUUGAAGUGACCUUCAGGCCUUGUAUGUCUUUUAAAAAUUAGAGAUGGAAUCGGAAGAAAAGAUAGUGGGAAGACAAUGGGAGACUUUCUGGGACGAUAGAGGGCAGCAGACUUACCGGGUAAAUCCAUUGUUCUCAGAAUUAUGCGC